UAUAUGUAGAGAAUUUUCGAAAAAUAGGUUCAGGCAUUCUAAGGGGAGAUAUGGAAGGGAAAAUGGAGGGAGAAGGAAGCAUCCGUACACCACCAUCACCAUCCAACGGUCAGCAGCAGUUGUCUCUAAUGUCUCAGUUGAAGAAGGAAUGCCUUUCUUUAGCUGCUUCCUUGCAGGAAGGUCUACGCUACAUCAAAGCCAUCAUCGUAGGUCAGGUAAUGAAGUUGAAGGCUCGAGAUGAGGAGGAAGCAGCAGAAGCAGACUUACAGACGGCUAAGAUGCAAGUAGAAGCAACUGACGAAGCGGAGCAUACGAAGAAGCAACUAGACAUGUAAUCCCUUUUCUUUUCUUAGAUUAGUACCAUUGUAAUAAGGCUAGAUUAUGAAAAAGAAAAGGCUAGAUUAUCAGUAUUUUCUCCCUAAUGUUGCUAGCUUUUGGACCUGUUUGGCACACAUCAUGAUAAUGCUAUUUACCUGAGAAUAGUGCAAUCAAUAUA